AUGAAAGAUUUAUACUAUAACCCGUGGGAAAAUACUUAUAGCCCCAUUACGGAACCUGCAGAUAUGGAAGCCUUAGUUGAAAAGAAGGUUGAAGAAGUUAAGGUAUUUGUGGUUGGCCUAUUGGAAGAUUUAGAUGAGAAGGAGCACGAUAAUCCUGAUAAUAAAAACCCGCCGCACGAAGAAAAACUCCAACCAAAUACCGAACCUGAAUAUCAUAAAAAAACAGCUGAAACUG